AUUAAUUUUCUAUUAUAUAUUCACUUAUAAAAGUCUAAAUGUAUAAGGACCUUGAUAUCAAUGAAUUGGAGAAGCUGAAAAAGGAGGAGGCAAUGCUUUCCCUUAGAAAAGCCACGACUAAUAUAAAGGAACGAUUUGGAUAAUCCAACUAGGACAUAUUGGAGGAAGAAUUUAAGUAGAAAACAGUUGGUUUGGUAACGAGGGAGGAAUUCAAAAGGAAGAGAGAAAACAUAGACAGAAUUUAUGUUUAAGAUCUUUAAAAAAAAUAAGAGGAAGAAGAAAAAAAGAAAUUGGAGCUAAAAUAAAAAAGAAAGUAGGAAUAUAAAUUGAAAACAGCCUUGUUGAGCUUCGAAUCAGAAUAAUAAGAACUCUAUGAUAAGAAAAAUUAUGGGAAAGAUAGCAGCGUUGAUACAUUAUAUCUUCCAGACAUGAAUCGAGAAAAAAAGAUAGAAGAGCUCACUAAAAGAUUCACUGAAGAAUAUUAGAAAAAUAUGGAAUUGCAAAGGGAUUAACUAAUUGAUAUUAAAUUUUAAUAUUGGGAUGCAUAAACCUUUACAAGAACUCUAAGAAUCACAAAAAAGAUUACCAUCAAAGAAUUUCUGGAAUUAGCAAGAAGAGAGAUUAUUAGAGACUUCGGAUUUUUGACUGAGUUUAGUCCUGAUGACUUACUAUUUGUAGCCAACACAAUGAUUUUGCCUCAUAAACUGAGUUUUCACGAUAUAAUUGCUUAUAAGGUUAAGAAUAGAUCUGGAAAGCCUAUAUUCUCAUUUGAAUAGAGGAAGGUUUAAGCUAAAGGUUAGGAAUACGAAGUUGAGGUUGAAAAUUCAACUACUUGCAGGAUUAUCGAAAAAUUUAGGUAUGAAAAAAUCAAGCACAUCUAUCCGUGUUCUAAAUGGGAAGUUGUUGAUAUUAAUAAGUACUAAUGA